UCAUUCUCUCUCUAUAUCACUCGCUAUAUAAAUCCUCCUCGUAAAUCUCCCUCCAUUCGUGUAACGUCUUCUCUCAAUUUUAUUCAUUUUUUCAUAUACAAUAGGAAAAAAUGGCUACCGAAGGUACUCCCUGUGUUUACCUUCAAGACAUGGAAGAAGUGAAAAAAGUAUUUGAGCGUUUCGACGCCAACGGCGACGGCCUGAUCUCCGGGGACGAACUUUCCGGUGUACUGAAAGCGCUAGGAUCUGACACUUCGCCGGACGAAGUUGCGCGUAUGAUGGACGAAAUUGAUACCGACAAGGACGGUUGCAUUAACAUAGAUGAAUUUGCAGAGUUUUGCAAAAACGACGAUUCCGUCGACGGCGGCGCUAAGGAACUGAAGGAGGCGUUUGAUCUUUACGAUCAGGACCAUAACGGAAGGAUUUCAGCUACUGAGCUUCAUCAGAUCCUGAACCGUUUGGGCCAGAAUUGUACCAUUGAGGAUUGUACCAAAAUGAUCACGUCUGUUGAUGCUAACGGUGACGGUUACGUUUGCUUUGAAGAGUUUAAGAAGAUGAUGGGUAAUAAAUAAACCUUCUUCUUUAUGUUAAGUUUUUUAGUUAUUUAAAUGGCUGAUAACGGUGAGGUACACCGGAUUUUGGUGGGGCCUCUUGUAGUGUAUAAAUUUUUGGUCUAAUAAAUGGUAAGACCUUAGCUUUCGAUCGGUUUUAAUCCAUUAUAUUUUCUAUUC